GCCUGGGGGGCGCGCAGGUCCGGACGGACCGGCGGCCGGAAGUGAGGCGGACGCAGCCGCGCGCGCAGGCCCCGCCCACGCCCACUUUCCGCGGGGGGUCCGGCCAUGGCGCACAUCACCAUCAACCAGUACCUGCAGCAGGUCUAUGAAGCCAUUGAUACCAGAGACGGGGCAUCCUGUGCAGAGCUGGUGUCUUUCAAGCAUCCUCAUGUCGCCAACCCACGGCUUCAGAUGGCCUCCCCAGAAGAGAAGUGUCAGCAGGUCUUGGAACCCCCUUAUGAUGAAAUGUUUGCUGCUCAUUUAAGGAAUGGAGCUAGAGCCAAGCAAAGCAAACAAAAGACUUGCUUUUCAGUUACAUCUCAUGGGUACCGUUUUCACCAUUGGAGCGUGAACCAGGCAAAGUUGGGUGUCCUAAAGCCUGUGGCAUUUGAUCACCCUCCUGUCCACAUGCCUCCAGUGCUUCCAAGCAGGCUGGGGGGAAGAAGGCCUGUCCCACCAGGUGGGAGCUGCACCCCGAGUGCAGGGUGCACUUACGCGGUGGGGAACCAUGACUUUGUAGAGGCGUACAAAUGCCAGACUGUCAUCGUCCAGUCAUUCCUGCGUGCAUUUCAAGCCCACAAAGAAGAAAACUGGGCUCUGCCUGUCAUGUAUGCUGUAGCGCUUGACCUUCGAAUAUUUGCCAAUAAUGCAGACCAGCAGUUGGUAAAGAAAGGGAAGAGCAAAGUUGGAGACAUGCUGGAAAAAGCUGCCGAGCUGCUGAUGAGCUGCUUCCGCGUCUGUGCCAGUGACACUCGGGCUGGCAUUGAGGACUCGAAGAAGUGGGGGAUGCUGUUCCUGGUGAACCAGCUCUUCAAGAUCUACUUUAAGAUCAACAAGCUGCACCUGUGCAAGCCCCUCAUCAGAGCCAUCGACAGCUCAAACCUGAAAGAUGACUAUAGCACUGCCCAGAGGGUGACGUUCAGGUACUACGUUGGGCGUAAGGCCAUGUUCGACAGCGACUUCAAGCAAGCUGAGGAGUACCUGUCCUUUGCCUUCGAGCACUGUCACCGCUCAAGUCAGAAGAACAAAAGGAUGAUUCUGAUAUAUUUGCUUCCAGUAAAAAUGCUGCUGGGUCACAUGCCGACCAUCGAGCUGUUGAGGAAGUACCAUCUCAUGCAGUUUGCCGAGGUGACCAAAGCUGUCAGUGAAGGCAACCUUCUGCUCUUGAACGAGGCUCUGACGAAGCACGAGACCUUCUUUAUUCGCUGCGGCAUCUUCCUCAUCCUUGAGAAGCUGAAGAUAAUCACCUACAGGAAUCUCUUCAAGAAAGUGUACCUGCUACUCAGAACACACCAGCUGUCUCUGGACGCUUUUCUGGUGGCCUUGAAGUUCAUGCAGGUGGAAGACGUGGACAUUGACGAGGUGCAGUGUAUCCUGGCCAACCUGAUCUACAUGGGUCACAUCAAAGGCUACAUAUCACAUCAGCAUCAGAAGCUCGUUGUUAGCAAACAAAACCCGUUCCCUCCGCUGUCGACAGUGUGUUGAGUGUGCACCCGGCCCUGAGGAUGGGAGGGCAGUGGAGUCCUCUAGGUUCAUCUGUACCGAUGGACUCGGCCCUGUGCCAAGAGGGUACUCUGGAGCCGGACCCUCCAGGGCUCAUUGGCCAGCACACACAGAUGCCUUGACACCUCCGUGGUCACUCACAACUACAUCCACCCUGUGGACACCUGGAGCUCCUUGAGGAAGCACGGGCACAUCCAUUGACAUUGGAGCUGAGGACACGUUCGUGAAGGGGUUCUGUCCCCAGGGCAGCUCUGGCUCAUUGCAUAGCCGUCGUUCAUGAGGGAGUCUUUGUUUCUAUGCACCUCUUUCUAUGAGAUGUCAUCCUGAAUUUAUACAGAUGGUAUAUUCCUUAUUUUAUCUUCUUAACGUAACAUUUUUAUAUGUUAAAUUUCAACAUUGUAUGUGAUUAUAAUGCUUUGGUUAACUUAAGGCUUCUUUUUACAAAAUGAAUUUACUUUGAUAACUUCCCAUGUUUUAUAGCUCACCAUUUUUCAGAGUUUGCACAUCUUCUCUGUUUAUAUGAAGCUUAGUAAAGAAGGAAACACCCUAAA